AUGUCUAACACCAGCCUCGUGACUGAGUUCAUCCUCAUGAGCCUUCCCCAUGCCCCAGCGCUGGACGCCCCACUCUUUGGAAUCUUCCUGGUGGUUUAUGUGCUCACUGCUGGGAACCUCCUCAUCCUGCUUUGAGUGAUCAGGGCGGUCCACCUCCACACCCCCAUGUACUCCUUCCUCACCAACCUGUUUGUUGACAUGUGGUUCUCCUGUCACGGUGCCCAAAUACUGAAAGUGACCUUGGUGUCUCCAAGCGGGAGGACUAUCUUUCACAGCUGCGUGGCUCAACUCUGCUUUUUCCACUUCUGGGAGCACAGUGUUUCCUCUACUGCAGUCAUGUCUAUGAUCGCUGCCUGGCCAGCCAUCAGUUACCCGCUCAGGUACACCCGCAUGAUGAAUGGGAGCAGGUGUGCCCUCCUGGCCAUCGGCACUUGGCUCAGUGGCUCUCUGCACUCUGCUGUCCAGACCAUAUUGACUUUCCAUUUGCCCUACUGUGGACCCUAACUGGAUCCAGCACUGUACUUCUGUGACGCACCACCCAUCCUGAAACUGGCCUGUGCAGACACCUCAGUCAACGAGAUGGUCAUCUUUGUGAACAUUGGGAGUAGUGGCCUCAGAUGCUUCCUCCUGACAGUGCUGUCCCUGUGUCAGUACAUCUGUUUUCCAUCUGGGAUCCACACCUCAGAGGGGAGGCGCAGGCCUUACAGAACCUGUGCCUCCCACUGUAUCGUGGUCCUUUUGCUUUUUGUUCCCUGUGUUGUCAUUUACCUGAGACCAGGUUCCAGGGACAUCAUGGAUGGAGUUGUGGCCGUUUUCUACGCAAUGCUAACACCACUUCUCAACCCUGUAGUGUACACCCUGAGAAACAAGGAAGUGAAGAAAGCUGUGUUGAAACUGAGAGACAAAGUAGCAUAUUCUCAGGAAGAAUAG